AUGGGCUUCGUUAGCCUCUUCUUACCAGAGAAAUCUGCCCACCGAGUAGGGCACAAGGACCCAUUCUGGAAUGGCAGAAAGAAGCCUUUCAUGAUCGCAGCCAUUGCUUCCUUUAUGCUACUGCAAACCCUGUUCCUUGUGAACAUGUCCUACCUUUUUGGCUCUUUAUUCAAAUCAGAACACCGAGUACACAACCUCCACGUCCUCACAGUCGACUACGAUGGUGGUGUCAUUGGAAAGAGUCUUCAGGGAGCCAUCAAACAACUCAAAGCUGAUACGUUCCCGACAUUCGACAUUGAGAGCAGCGCAGAGUACCCAGCAGUCGAGGAUAUUGUUCAAGCAGUCAGGAACGGAGAGCAUUGGGCUGCUGUGUUCUCCCACGCUGGAGCUUCCGAACGCCUUGCGGCUGUUUUUCAGGGUGGAGAUGCAGCAGCACAUUACGAUCCGACAAACACACUGACAUACGUCUGGAACGAGGUCAGAUAUUCGGCCAUGGAAGAUGGCACGAUCAAGUCCAGCAUGUCACAGCUCAUGGCCGUCGUCCGUGUCGCAUACAACCAUAUCAACGGCACUGGCGCUUUGCAAACUCUAGACAAGAACGAUCCUGCCGCUCUUCAAGCUUUCCUCAAUCCAAUUCAAGGAGGAGAUAUCAACAUCAUGCCGACAGGCCAGGGAACGAGAGUCUUGUACAACACUGUCGCCAUGGUCAUGCCUAUCAUCAUGCAGUUCUUCUUCCUCAUGGCUGUCAAUGGAGUCAGUGCAGAGUUUAACUUAUACUCGCAUCUUCCAGUUCUCAACAAUGGUAUCAUCCGUUUAGUACUCAGUCUGUCAUAUACCUUCGUCGGCUCCCUCUGCUGGGCCGGCUACAUCUGGGCCUUCCGAGAAGACUGGUCCGUUGGUGCAGGCCAAUUCUUCUGCACCUGGGUCAUCAUCUGGCUCUUCAUGCACAUCAACUUUGCAGUGGUAAAAUCCUGA